CUCCUCUCCCUUUCCUCUCUCUUUCCCCACGCGCCAUCGGCCGCUUAUUGGCAUCCUUCCGUUCUUUGACCCCCUGCCCUCGCCUCCAAAUCAGAAAGGAGGAGCCAAGGAGGAGCACAGAGAAAGAGAUAUACCGAUCACCAGAGGGCCCGUGCUUCGCGCCCCAUGGAGGAGAUCUCCACCGAGCACCAGCCCUCUAUCCCUUCCCCCGCCGACGGGGCCGGCCCCUCCUCGUCGCCCCAGCCGGCGUCGCCGUCGGUGAGCCCCGCUGGCGCCGGCGCCCGCUUCGACGACGACGAGGAGGAUGAGGGAGACGUGUGCCGGAUCUGCCGCAACCCCGGCGACGCCGGGAACCCGCUCCGCUACCCCUGCGCAUGCAGUGGCAGCAUCAAGUUCGUCCACCAGGACUGCCUCCUCCAGUGGCUCAACCACAGCAACGCUCGCCAGUGCGAGGUGUGUAAACAUACAUUUUCUUUUUCCCCUGUUUAUGCUGAAAAUGCCCCUGCAAGACUUCCCUUCCAGGAGUUUGUGGUUGGGAUGACCAUGAAAGCAUGUCAUGUCCUGCAAUUUUUCCUCCGGCUUGCUUUUGUUCUUUCUGUUUGGCUCCUUAUAAUACCUUUUAUCACAUUUUGGAUAUGGCGUUUGACGUUUGUGAGGAGUCUUGGUGAAGCUCAAAGGCUGUUUUUGAGCCACAUAUCUGCACCUUUGAUUCUCACUGAUUGCUUACAUGGCUUCCUGCUUUCUGCUAGCAUCGUGUUUAUAUUUCUUGGGGCAACGUCAUUAAGGGAUUAUUUUAGACACCUCCGUGAACUUGGAGGACAUGAUGCUGAAAGGGAUGAUGAAGGUCAUGAAAGGCAUGGCGCUCGUGCUGUGAGAAGAUUUCCUGGCCCUGCUAAUAGGAUAGCUGCUGGUGAUGGGAAUGCUGAAGAUGGAGGUGGUGCCCAAGGAAUUGCUGGGGCAGGUCAACUUAUAAGAAGAAAUGCAGAAAAUGUUGCCGCGCGGUUGGAAAUGCAGGCUGCCCGUCUUGAAGCACAUGUUGAACAGAUGUUUGAUGGAUUGGACGAUGCAGAUGGUGCAGAAGAUGUACCAUUUGAUGAGCUUGUUGGCAUGCAAGGGCCUGUAUUCCAUUUGGUGGAAAAUGCUAUAACAGUACUGGCAAGCAAUGCAAUAUUCCUGGGUGUAGUAGUUUUUAUUCCCUUUUCAUUGGGAAGGAUAGUACUCUACUAUCUAUCAUGGUUCUUUUCAUCUGCAUCUAGUCCGAUGUUGGCAAAGGUCAUGCCUCUUACAGAAUCUGCUCUUUCCUUGGCUAACAUUACCUUGAAGAAUGCACUUACUGCUGUAAAGAACUUGUCAGCUGAAAGUGAUAACGCAAGCGUACUUGGGCACGUGGUGGAUGUGGUUGCAGGAUCCUUGAAAGUAAAUGCCACUGGACUGGAUGAAGUCUCAAAUAGUGUUAGAACGCCUCUUGCAUCAGAUCUAUUGAAAGGAACAUUUGCUGGUUACUCACGUCUUUCAGAUGUCACUACACUUGCAGUUGGAUAUAUGUUUAUAUUUUCUAUGGUGUUCUUCUACCUUGGGCUCCUCGCUUUGAUUCGAUAUGCUAAGGGUGAGCGCCUGAUUAUUGAGAGGCUUUAUGGGAUAGCUACAAUAGCAGAGGCGAUCCCAUCUCUUUUCAGACAAUUUGUGGGAGCAAUGAGACAUCUGAUGACUAUGGUUAAAGUCGCUUUUCUUCUGGUGAUUGAACUUGGGGUCUUUCCAUUGAUGUGUGGGUGGUGGCUUGAUGUAUGUACUUUAAGGAUGCUGGGUGCAACAAUUUCUCAAAGGGUGGAGUUCUUUUCAGUGUCACCAUUAGCAAGCUGUUUUAUCCAUUGGCUUGUUGGAAUCAUUUACAUGCUUCAGAUAAGCAUUUUUGUUAGCCUUCUUCGAGGGGUCUUGAGAAAUGGAGUUCUAUAUUUUCUUCGGGACCCAGCAGAUCCAAAUUAUAAUCCAUUUCGCGAUUUAAUUGAUGACCCUGUGUAUAAACAUGCCCGGCGAGUUUUGCUUUCUGUUGCUGUUUAUGGAAGUUUGAUUGUGAUGUUAGUCUUCUUACCUGUCAAACUUGCUAUGCAAUUAGCACCUUCCAUGUUUCCAUUGGACAUCACUGUUUUUGACCCUUUUACUGAGAUUCCUGCGGAUGUGCUUCUGUUCCAAAUCUGUAUUCCAUUUGCGAUUGAGCAUUUCAAACCGCGAGCAACAAUUAAAUCCCUUUUACAUCAUUGGUUCACGGCUGUUGGCUGGGCUCUUGGCUUAACUGAUUUCCUACUACCUAGACCUGAGGAAAAUGCUGGGCAGGAAAUUGGGAAUGGAGAACUAGCAAGACAGGAUAGAAUGCAUGAUGCACGUCAAGGCAGAGUUGGGCAGCCUGACCAGCCUUUGGCACGGUUAAUUGCUGCUGAUGAUCAUAACAGGAGAGGUCAUCCUAUUGGAAAUGCUGAUGUUGCUGAAGAUUUUGAUGUAGAUGAUCAAACAGAUUCUGAGUAUGGUUUUGUAUUCCGUAUUGUGUUAUUGCUGAUGUUGGCAUGGAUGACUCUUCUGCUCUUUAACUCCACAUUGAUUGUUGUGCCUAUUUCACUUGGGCGCAUGCUGUUUAAUGCCAUCCCUCGCCUUCCAAUUACUCAUGGUAUCAAGUGCAAUGAUCUAUUUGCAUUCAGUAUUGGUUGUUACAUCAUCUGGGCUGUUGUUGCUGGAACCAGAUACUCAAUUGAAUAUAUUAAAACCCGGCGAGCACAUGUUCUGGUAUCGCUGAUUUGGAAGUGGUAUGUUAUUGUCGUCAAAAUUUCUGCCCUACUUUCUAUAUGGAUCUUUGUUAUCCCUGUGCUGAUUGGCCUUCUUUUUGAGCUUCUGGUGAUUGUACCAAUGAGGGUGCCUGUGGAUGAAAGCCCAGUCUUCCUGCUAUACCAGGAUUGGGCUUUGGGUCUGAUAUUUCUCAAGAUAUGGACUAGACUGGUCAUGCUGGAGCAGAUGGCACCAUUGGUAGAUGAAAGCUGGCGUAGAAAGUUUGAAAGGGUGAGAGAGGAUGGGUUCUUCCGGCUGAGGGGCCUUUGGGUCCUGCGUGAGAUUGUGAUACCAAUUGUCUCAAAGCUGUUGACUGCUCUCUGUGUGCCUUACGUGUUUUCCAAGGGCAUUUUCCCAGUCUUGGGCUACCCAUUAAUAGUGAACUCUGCUGUGUACCGGUUUGCCUGGCUGGGCUGUCUCCUUGUCAGUAUGGUGUGCUUCUGUGCCAGGCGGUUCCACGUUUGGUUCACCAACCUCCACAAUUCCAUAAGGGAUGACCGCUAUCUGAUAGGCCGGAGGUUGCAUGACUAUGGGGAGGAAACUCCAGAGGAAAGCAGUGAGUCAGAGAUCAUUCCACAUAACCGAGACAUUAUCCCAGCUGAUGCUGCUCUGAUACAGCAUGAACGAGAAGCAGAUGGGCUUAGGCAUCGACGACUUAAUCAGCGCCCUAACCACCAACAGAGGUUGGCCAUAUAAGAGUUUCUCCAGAGGAUUUUGCUGCUGCUGCUGUUUGAAUUUGUUAUUGUAUUUCAUCCUUGUCGCUAGAUAAAAAGUGCUAUUUGUAAAUGUGAAUAGGCUCUGCACCCAAGUAUUCAUGGACUUUAGUCGUGUGAUGUGAGACUUUGGAGGCACUGAGUUUUUAACACAUUAGCAUUUAGAUGGUUUCAGUUAGGAAACUGGUCUGUUAGAACGCUAAAUAUGAGUUAUGUUUUAGCUAUGUAAAUGUUAGUGUGCAAUAUUUCUAUUAUGGGG